AUGUCAUCUCCUGGUAAGCCGCUCAAGCGGUCACGAGCCGAGGAGGACGAGCACGAUGCCCUCGUCGCAGCCGCCGUCGCCGAGAACCUUGCAGCAGACUCUGCAGCGGAACCAAAGGCAAAGAAAGCCCGCACCGAGGCCAAUCGCUCUCUCUUCGUUCGCUCCCUUCCUGCGACCGCCACCAGCGAAUCCUUGACCGACUUCUUCUCCGAGCAUUUCCCAGUCAAGCAUGCGACUGUCGUUCUCGACAAGGCCACCAAGGCUUCCCGCGGCUAUGGCUUCGUCACCCUGACGGAUGCCGAAGAUGCUAUGGAAGCCAAGAAGAAGCUCAACAACAUGAUGUGGGAGGGUCGCCGCAUCAGAGUCGAUGUUGCCGAAGCCAGACACCGCGAUGGCAAGGAAAGCGCCGUCGGAGCGGCUGCUGCUGGUCAGAAGCAGAAGCGCGCGCAGGAGCUUGAGGAGGCCAGGAAACCCCCCAAGUUGAUUAUUCGCAACUUGCCCUGGUCUAUCAAGACAUCCGAGCAGCUGGGUGCUCUUUUCAGAGCCUAUGGAGUCGUCAAAUUCGCCGACCUGCCCCAAAACAAGGGCAAGCUUAAGGGUUUCGGGUUUGUGACCCUGCGAGGACGGAAGAAUGCCGAGAAGGCCCUGGAGAUGAACGGAAAGGUCAUUGACGGAAGACCUGUUGCGGUUGAUUGGGCUGUGGACAAGAGCGAAUGGGACCAGGUGAACGGUACCAAAGAAGUCCCGGAGGAUGACGAGAAGCCGAAGAGCAAGAAGCAGAAGGCUGCUACCGCAAAGGAAGAGGUCGAGACUGCCAAAAACGACAAGGCUGGCGAGGAACCUGAGGGCGCUGACGCCGACUUGGAAAACUUUAUGAAGAACCACAUGAUGAACCUCGAGGACGAGGAGGAUAGCGACAAGGACGAAAGUGAGAACGAGGACGAGGACGAGGACCUGGACCUGUCCGAAGACGAUGAGGAGGGAGCCGCCAGCAACGCUCGGGACGACAAAAAACCCGUCACAAAGACGCAAACAUCAACCGAUAACAAAUCGACACUCUUCAUCAGAAACCUUCCUUUUACCGUUACAGAUGAUCAACUGAAGGAGCAUUUCGUCAAGUUCGGUCCCGUCAGGUAUGCCCGUGUUGUCAUGGACCGGGCGACUGAACGUCCCGCAGGCACUGGAUUCGUCUGCUUCGUUAACGAGGAGGAUGCGAAGGCCUGUAUCAAGGGUGCGCCCCGCUCACAGCCCAGCGCCCUUCUGACCAAGCACUCCGUGCUUCAAGACGAGACCGCUGACAAGGAUGGUCGAUACACUCUGGACGGUAGACUUCUGCAAGUCGCCCAGGCCGUCAGCAAGGACGACGCUGAACGCCUGGCCGCCGAUGGCAGUGCCAAGAGACGGGAGAAGGACAAGCGACGUCUCUUCCUGCUCAACGAAGGCCAGAUCGACACCAGGUCUGCUCUGUAUCACAAGCUCACCCCCAACGAGAUCAAGAUGAGGGAAGAUAGUGCCAAGCAGCGCAAGAAGCUCGUCCAGAGCAACCCUACGCUGCACAUCAGUCUGACCCGUCUGGCCGUCCGUAACAUACCGCGCAAUAUCGGCUCCAAGGAGCUCAAGGAGCUGGCCCGGAAGGCCUGCGUGGAGUUCGCCAAGGAUGUCAAGGAGGGUAAGCGUCAGCCCCUUUCCAAGGAGGAGAAGGUCAGAGACGCAAAGGAGGCCAAAGACGCCGAGCGCGAGCGCAAGCUGAAGCGCAAGGGUAUCGUCCGCCAGGCCAAGAUCGAGUUCGAGAGUCGCGAGGGCACCAAGGUCCCCGAGGCGAGCGGCGGCAAGUCUCGCGGAUACGGUUUCAUCGAGUACUCGUCCCAUCGGUGGGCGCUCAUGGGCCUGCGCUUCCUCAACGGCUAUCAGCUGGAGAAUGAACUUGGCAAGAAGCAGCGCCUCAUCGUCGAGUUCGCUAUCGAGAACGCCUCGGUCGUGGCCCGUCGCAAGGCCAACGAGAAGAACCUCGACCACAACAGGCAGAAUGCCCAGAACGCCAAGGACGGCCAGAACGCCAAGAAGGGCGGUGCCGAUGGUAAGGAGCUGCCCAAGAUGGCCUCCUUGAAAGACAGGAAGAAGGAUAAGAAGAAGGGAAAGAAGGGUAACUUGAACAAGGGUAACAAGGAGGAGCCGGAGUUGAAGUCCGAGAAAGCGGACAAGGCCGACAGUAAGAAGCCCAAGGGCAAGGUCGAUCGCGAAGACGUCAAGCCGUUGCUGAUAGCAAGGAAGCGUCUGAUGAGAAAGAAGAAGGCCUCUUCCCGGGGUUAG